UGUUCAACACCAUUGGCAUCAAUCUUUGUUUAGCCGCGAAAAUUUUGCCAAAAACCCGCAAACGCCGAAUUGUUUUGUACGAAACGUGCAUUCUGAUUGUAUUUUAUAUAAAUAGAUGCCUUGGCUUUAACUUUAUAUCCAUCAGCAAAAGGACAGAAAGGAUCUCCUGCACUACUAUUUGCGGAAAUAAGCUAAUUGUUGGUUCUGGAAAUUUUGCAAGAUGGCACAAAUUGAGGAAUACCAGGACUUGGUGAUCGAUGCCUUGGAAGUCGUGGAGUUUAAGUUGAUUCGCGACAAGGCGGACAUCAACAACGACGCCCUGAUCUUCCACCCCGCGAUGGCCCACCAGAUUUUUGGCGAGUCUGAAACUAUCUUUGGCUACCAGGACUUGCAUGUGCGUGUAAUGUACACGGCAGGACCUUUGCACAUUUACCUGGGCGUCGAGUACGGAAAGCGAGUAAACGAAAUAUCUGGUGGAGAGAUCAAGGCCGACGACGUGGUCAGCACGAUUGCCCAGAGUUUGCCAGACGGCUGCUACUUCAUCAACCUCGAUGAGUUUCUGAAGACACUGGACAAGGCUGACAAGUUUCAGCCGUUCGGCGAGAAAAUUGGCGAAUACACCCGGACAUCGGACGACGGCAGCGAACGUCUCUUUGAGAUCUACCAGUCCGACUACAAGAGCUCCUCAUUCCUCAAAUUCUUCGCCCGGUUACAGACCUUUAUUUUGUGGUUCGUAGACGCCGCCUCAUACAUAGACACCGAUGACCCACAGUGGUGCUACUUCUUGUGCUACGAAAAGUACAAGAACAACGAUGGUCAAUGGCAGUAUGCCACAGCUGGCUACACCACGGUGUACGAGUAUUACGCAUAUCCGCAAAACAAACGACCAAGGAUAAGCCAGAUGCUGAUAUUGCCGCCAUUCCAAAAGUUAGGCCUCGCGACCCAGUUGGUGGAGACCAUUUACAAGUUUUAUCAGUCGCAAAAAAAUGUGGUUGAUAUCACAGUGGAGGAUCCAUCUGAGGAGUUCCAGCGACUGCGAAACUUUGUGGACGCUCGGUCGUGCAAAGAACUAAAGUCGUUUGCCCGUGCCGAGAUUGUCAAGGGCUUCAACAAGGAGAUGGUGCGGGAAGCUCGUGAAGCCUUGAAACUUAAUCCCCGGCAAGUGCGAAAGGUGUACGAACUGCUGCGUCUCUUUUACACCAACGUAAAUGAUGAAAAGGAGUACCGGCCCUAUCGCUUGGAAGUGAAGAAACGACUAAACGCAGUUUAUUAUAAGCAGCUCAAGGAUCUGAAAAAAAUGGAGCGCUUCAAGAUGGACACAGAGAUGCUGCGGGCUCGACUGCCAACAAUAAAGCAACGCAUGGAGCAGCUUCAAGAGGAGUACAGUGUGGUCGAGCAAGACUACCAGAGCACCAUUGCCAAAUUGAAAGCCUAGUUGGUCUGUGGAUCCAAGGGGUGUUGAGUAAUUUAUUUCGUUUUUCCUUUUCAAAUAUGUUGAUUACAAAAUACAUUAUGUUGCUAUAAGCCUAUGGUAGGAUUCUUUUGAAUAAAUAUUAAAAAUUA